AUGGAAUACCAGUAUCUUGACGCAACGCCGUGUCCGGUUACAUGGAAACGAAAUGAUGCCAAAAUUCCCAUAUUUGAGGACAUCCUCGACUCCUAUGAUGAUACGGCAGAGAUUGAUUUCAUGGCCGAGCUUGGAUCUCUCAACUCGUUUGCUAGGGAGAAACCCCGUCGUGCCAAAAAGGCGACUACGUUUAAGAUCCAUGAAGACUCCGGCAGCUCGGCCGCCAGCAAUGGCGGACAGAAGCCACUAUACAGGGAAUCCUCCAUGUUCUCACAACCAGCACAGCGAUUUCCACGGUCGGCAUUCAAAGCUCCAGCUGGGGAGAACUCAUCACCAAAGGUGCCCGUGAAGAAGCAACAGGAUGACUUCAAAGAAAAUAGCUCAGGGGAAAGCCCUACGAGUCUGAAAUUUCCCCAUGGUAUGCAGAAGCCAGUGAAAGAACAGAAGAUGAAGAAAGCCGGUCGUACCAAACGAGAUAAAAGGCGAAACACAAUAUAUAUUCCGCCAGAUGAUGAUACCACAAUGGCUACCAUCUUUAUGGAUGCAUUUAGCCCUUUAAAAACACAAGAUUUUGGCUGCCAGGAACUCGGUUAUAUUGAGACUCAGAUCUUGAAGAAGCGGCAACAACAAAAGGCGAUAUCCCCAAUUCGUCAACGUCAGCCAUUAGAGGCCCCAAAGAGGAUUAUGCAGGAAUUGGUAGACCAACCUGAUGUCAUGGGGAAGAAUACAGGAAAGGAAAACGUGCCUCCUGGGAAAUCUGAGAGCGGCAUUGCUGAGGUGGCUGGAAAGAAAGAUGUUUUGGCGGAGGCUUCAACUCAACCGAUGAAGUCUAGAUCGGUGAACAGUCCUCGGCCUAGGGCUUCACUAUCGAAACAAAAACAAUCUGUAUCAAAGUCAUCAGCAUUAAGGGCUACACAUAGCCAGAGUUCCGCGCGGCGGACAGCUCUUACGAGCAGCCGGAGUCCUCGAACCUCGCCAGCAACGAAACAACGAAAAGAAUAUCUGCCUUUAAACAAUACUUUACUAAUUAAUCCCAUUUCGAAACGAAAACCGCCAUCUGAGCUACUACCUACUCUACCCCUGGCUCCAAAAAUAGAAAUCAAGCACCCAGCACUCCAUGCAAACCUUGCGGACCCCUUGAUUCACGAGGAGACUUGGCUAUCUCACCAAGAAGUGGUCAUUACACAACUUGUAAACACUCUCCUUGAUACAGCAAAUGGACAAUGCAACACGCAAGGCCAAGAUUGCCUAAAACAGCAACUGUUCGACAUAUACCAAGACACUUACUUUUCGCUGCUUUCCAAGCGUGUACAAGCAUCCCUUCUCUACGGGGAUUUGCGUGUCACGGAAGACUCUAGUGGCAGAAGACGCCGACUGACAACCGAUGCGCGCAUCCGUCGCACAUUCACGAAAUUCUGGACCGAUACGUAUGAUAUCGUUGCCCUCCAGACAGCGGCGGAGGUUGUCAUUGGAAGAGAAGUAGGCUACAACCACCAUGGCGGAAACAUUUCGGCCUCCCCGCAAAUAUUUAUUAGCCAGGAUGAAAAGGGGACCAGACGAGCUGUCGAAUCGUUUCUCGAUGCCAUGCUGAUAAGGAAUGAGGAUAUGAGUCAAGAAAAUUCUAGCAAGUCCAGUGUUGGUGAUAGCGGUGACGUGGUCAAGGGAUAUCACAGAACUGCCCUUCGAAGCAUAAUGAUAAUUGCCCUUUUGGACAAGGCAAGGGUGGCUCCCGAUACAGCGUUACCGCGCAGUCUUUUCAAACCAGACUCGGCAUACACAUCAUCAGCAGCAGCGAUGCGGGCUCUGGGACCGGUACUUCUUCACCCGCAGACAGACUUCACCCGACCACUAGCUCGUCUGGAUUGCUCCUUGAUGUACAAGCAACAUCCAAUUGCAGAAUAUAACUACCACAUCGAUAAUAUUGCAGUCGAUAUUAGAGAUGGAGUUAUUCUUGCUCGGUUGACUGAAUUGCUUCUCCUCGAGCAUUUCCCUGAGAGGUUUCACGCAAAAGAUAAAGAGAUAUGGCCAUUAUCAGGCCAGCUGAAGAUGCCGUGUAUCAGCCGUGCAACGAAAGUCCACAAUGCGCGUAUCUCACUAUCUGCGUUGACAAAGGACUUCCCGAGCAUCGGGUCUACUAUCACUAGUAUCAAGCCAGAAGAUAUCGUGGACGGGUAUCGAGAAAAGACCAUAGCCUUGCUUUGGGUAAUAGUUGGCAAAUGGGGCCUUUCAACUCUGGUCGACUGGGAUGAUCUCAAGAGUGAGAUAGCCCGACUGGAGAAGAAGCUCGGUAGGCUUUCCCGGAAGCAAAGGAGUCUUCCUCCAUACCAUGUGCAAACAACCACGACAGACACGGCAGCUUAUCAUUGGGGUCUACUCCACCGUUGGGCAUCAUGUCUAGCAAGACUGAAAGGUUUGGAGGUUUCAAACCUGACCACAAGCCUAGCUGAUGGACAUGUAUUCAUGAGUAUCCUGGAUGAAUAUGAACACUUCAUCCGCCCCGGCAGUCAUAGUGUCAAAGCCGAUAAGGAAACGUCAGCUACAGCAUCAGCGACAACUAAGACCCCAACAUCCUCGACUGAUAAUAAAUCAGCCUUGAGAAGACGUCUGCUCUCACUCGGAUGUAGUAGUCAAUUCGUCUUGCUAUCAGCUGCAGCACAGACAUCUGUAUCAUCAUGCACCCACUCCCGCACCACCACCGUCGCCGCCAGCAGCGAGGAAGCCUCCAAUCUCACAGCACUUGCAUUUCUGAGUUCCCGACUCCUCUCGGCAUCUAAAUACGGUCGGGCAGCGGUGACGAUCCAACGCGCAUGGCGUCAUAUGCUUGCCACCAGGCCUGUCAUUGAACUAAACUAA